GAGAACAAGAGAAACUGGCAGGUACAGCAAGAUUACAAAGCUGACCAGUACGGCCACCUCAAUCAGGGCGUGGUCGAGAAGUGUGAUUCACAAGGCGGUCGGGAGUCGGUCGGAGUGAGCGGAAAUUUGCCGAACGUCGCUGGAGUGCCAAUCGAUCGAUUUCAGGAACUGGGGUCGGAACCAUGUCCCGGCAUUUGCAUGCUCUGUGUGGGGCUACCGGUUCGUUUGUAUGCGGCGUUGGGCCGUAGGAUGUCUGCGGGUUCUUUGUGGCAGGAGGCGUUGUUUACGUGGUCGCCAUCGUUGUGCAUACGAAGAGGAGGAGGAGGAGGAGGAGGAGUAGGAGGAUUGCGACCCUAGCUAAGGGUUUGAGUACUGAAGCGGCAUGGGUGGUGACCAGCUUGUGGCGACAAUGCAGCCGACCGGUGGAAGUAGGAACCUUUACAGUCUCUAUGACUGGAGAAGACCAGAACCUAAACCAGAAGAAGAGGAGGUACCGACUCACUUGAACACAACUACUUGCGGUCAUUUCCUCGUGAUUUCCACAGACAAGCUUUCGGCUAGGUACAAUGGUGAUGGCCAACACGGUCACGACGUCGGUGCCAUUCAAAGUAAUCGCCCCGCUCCGCAUCAAAGGCUUUUGUACUACUUCGAAAUCUCUUUGAAGGAUCGUGGCCAGAGAGGGGUUAUCUCUAUUGGUUUUACUGAUGAGAAUUUCAAAAUGAGUAGGCAGCCUGGAUGGGAGCCCAACAGCUACGGUUAUCAUGGUGACGACGGAUUGUUGUAUCACGGACGCGGCAGGGGUGACAGUUUCGGCCCUACCUUCACUACAGGGGAUACCGUGGGUGCUGGCAUCAAUUAUGCUGCCCAAGAGUUAUUUUUUACAAAGAAUGGCAAGCUAGUUGGGACUCACAUAAAGGAAGGCAAAGGUCCAUUGUACCCUACCAUUGGUCUGCACAGCCCAAGUGAAAAGGUGGAGGUGAAUUUUGGUCAGAAACCAUUCAUAUUUGACAUUGAGGCAAUGGUGCAGGAAGAGCGAGAACGACGACAAAGGUCAGUCGAAAGCGUGCCACUUCCAUUGAGUAUCAGUCACAAUGUCGUGAGGACUUAUUUACUGCACUAUGGAUAUCAGGAUACUCUUACGGCUUUUGAUGUCGCUAGCGGUGGUACGUUUCCGCCAGUAGUAGUCGCUCCCGAAGGUCCUGUUACUGGAAACGAUACUGAAUCGUACGCCCUGGAGCAGCGCAAGAUACUACGAAAACUUACUAGGGAGGGUGACAUCGACGGUGUGUUUGCAAAGCUGCGGGAAUGGUAUCCGGAGUUACUUCAGAGUGGGGUGUCUUUAGUUAGUUUUCUCCUGCACUGUCAGAAAUAUAUCGAGUUGGUGAAAGCGGGCUCUUUGGAAGCUGCCGUGAACUAUGCUCGAGUUGAGCUAGCAAAUUUUUUUGCUGUUGGUUCUGUUGAAGAUACGCACCUGCAGGACUGCCUGGCGUUGUUGGCUUACGAACAUCCUGAAAAGUCAAUGGUGAGCUACUUAUUACAUGUCGCUCAGCGUGAAGCAGUGGCAGAUGCAGUGAACGCAGUCGUACUGGCUACUAACCCUGCAAACCUGGGCAAACCAUCACAAUCAGCUCUUGAGAUGCUAUUACGGCAAUUGACCGCGUGUCUUAUGGAAAAGCGGUAUUUGAACGGAGGACAGGGGGAAAUUUUCACUUUGCAACGGGUUUUGCAAGGUGGCAAAGAUGGAGGAUGGUAAGUUGGCAGAACUUUGAAGAGGCGAAGCGAUAUGCCGGCGAGGUGUAUUCUCCUAUGAAGGUCAGUUCUGCCAGUCUUGGGAUAAGAGUGUGCUACUAGCUGGACCUGUAUAGUGUGGUACGACUUCUUUGCUGCUGGUCUGUUGGGUCUUAGAUUUGAUCUCAGCACAAUAACUUAGAUUCGGCAAAGGCUGUGAUAAGCUUAGUUCAGGUAUCAAUCCCUCAAGAUUGCAAGGUUGCGGAUUCCCACUUUCAACAACUUGAGAUUUUAGAACAGAUGUACGGAGGUGCAACCAGUGUGCGAAGUAAGUUAUUACCAGGAGUUGUUACCGUGGAGUUGUUGAAUGCUCCUCUGUAAAAACCGUGUACAAAUAUACUUCUUGGUUUAGGAUCAUUGUGAAUCUGAACAAACCGUGAAGAGCACCUCUCAACUUGUGCAAGAUACGCCAGAGGUUGAGAGUAUCAAUAGUCGGUGACCUAGUGAAUAGAUUGACUUACUGGUGAGCUUCAAGGCAUGUCCUUGCUUAAAUAACGAAUAUAGCUUCAAGGAUGUCCUUCUGGAACUUACGUAUCGAGCCAUGUUUCUGCACAAGAAGUCUUGGUAUAGCUGCCUUAAGGAUAAAUCGAAACUUGAUUGAGCACUUCUUCGAGGGGUCAUCUUGUGCUCAAAACACACCGCAGAGAUUAUAUGAUGAUAUGCCUGGGCUUCAGGAGGUGAGGAUGCUUAUCAAAGCAACAGAAGAAGCUCUCCUUGCGUGAGUCAGCAGUGCGAGUUUCCCAUCAAAUUGUACUUACAUUUCCGUACUUACAUCUUCGUACUUCAAUUUUAGUGUUAGGUUCCGAUUUGGACUACACUUUUUGUAAUGAGCACUUAUAGCCUGUGGAAUGAUACUUGUUACCUGUCUGGCUUGGGUGGACGGAUCGUAGUUUUUAUGCCAAUUAUGUACCACUUUUUGUCCUUUACUCUCAG